AUGGCUCUGCGCUCUGCGCCCCUCUGGCUCCUGUUGUUGGGGGUGGUCGCUCUACAGCAGAUGUGCCUCGGCUCCUCUUCACAUUCCCUCAAGAUUGCCUCCUUCGCCAUCGUGAAGCCCAGUCAGGAACUGUCCCAGUUGGUUAUUCUGGGGUAUAUGGAUGAUCAGAUCGUUGCUCACUACGACAGCGACAGCAGGAAGAUUCAGCCUCGAGUCUCCUGGAUGGAGAAGAUGAGGAACGAUAUUCCCCAUUACUGGCAGGCUGUGACCGAUAUAGCUCGUAGCAAGGAUAAUUACUUCAGAGAUUACCUGGAGAAUCUGUGGACUCACUACAAUCAGAGCAAAGGCUUUCACAUCCUACAGGAGAUCGCAAGCUGUGAUCUCCAGGGAAAUGGGAGCAAAGAAGGGUUUUUGCAGACAGCUUAUGAUUGGGAGCUCAGAAACACCUACCGCAUGCAUCCUUACGAUAUAGAGCUCUGCAUUGAGUUGCUAGAGAAGUGCCUGUCAUAUGGGAAGGAGAUGCUGCUGAGGACAGAGCCUCCAGUGGUGACAGUGACCAGAAGGAUGGAGGCUGAAGAUGGAAUGGAAACAUACAUCUGUCGGGUCCACGGCUUCUACCCCAAAGAGAUCGAUGCCGCCUGGAAGAGGGACGGGGAGGUCUGGCUGCAGGACACCCUCCAUGGGUCUGUAGCCCCCAACACGGAUGGGACCUACCACUAUUGGCUCAGCAUCCAGAUCGAUCCCAAAGAGAGGGGCCACUAUCGGUGCCACGUGGAGCAUGAUGGCCUGCAGGAGCCUCUGGAUGUGGCCAUGAAGGCCAUGUACGAUAUUGCGACACCCCUCGUGUAA